AUGGAUUUGCCGCAACAUGUUCUGGUUGUGCCAUCUCCAGCACAAGGCCAUGUCAAGCCGCUCAUGAAACUAGCAUACAACUUGGCUUAUCAUGGGAUCAAGGUCACAUUUGCCAAUUCACAAUUUGUCGAAGCCAAUAUUCUUGCUGCAAUGUCCGAAGCAGACAAGGAACAAUGUCCCAUAAGGCUAGUGUCUUACUCUGACGGAUUGGAGGCGUGUCCUGAAGAAAGAAAUGGUCCGGGACUGAUAACUAGCCUUGAAGAAAGAAAUGGUCCGGGACUGAUAACUAGCCUUAAAGAGGUGAUGCCAAAAAAUGUCGAAAAAUUAAUUGAGCAGAUUAAUCAGCCGGAUAACAAGGAGCCGAUUACUUGUGUCAUUGGGGAUUUAACAGCUGGAUGGACAUUAGAAGUUGCGCGUAAAAUGGGGCUGAAACAGGUUGCAGUUUGGCCUGCAGGACCGGCUUCCUUGGCAUUGGCGCUUCGUAUCCCACAACUCAUAGAAGCAGGAGUUAUCGAUGAAAACGGUUCAACAAUGAAAAAUGAGCUGAUUUGUUUAUCAGAAGAAAUUCCAGUGUGGAAUAGCUGGGAGCUCACUUGGAUCAGUCCUGGUAAACCAGCAUUACAGAAAAUUUUAUUUGACUUUUCUCUAGCUAUUAAUCAAGUUGUCAAAAAUCCAAUCAUUGUGCUCUGCAACACGUAUUAUGAACUUGACUCGUCCUCCUGUGCCAUGAUUCCUGGCAUCCUCCCAAUUGGUCCUCUACCUGCGAUAAGUAACUUAAAUCCGUGUAGUGGAUCCUUUUUGUCUCAAGACUCAACUUGUUUAAGUUGGCUAGACAAACGACCUCCAAACUCGGUCAUUUAUAUUGCUUUUGGCAGCACUGCAGUGUUUAGCCAGAAACAGUUUGAUGAAUUAGCACUCGGUCUUGAACUAUCAGGCCACUCGUUUUUAUGGGUUGUGCGACCAAACAUUGUCAGUGGGUCAUCUCAUGAGUACUACCCUGACAAUUUUCUGGAAAGAAUAGCUAGUCGUGGAAUGAUUGUCAAAUGGGCGCCUCAAGAAAAGGUUCUUGCUCAUCCUUCAAUUUCUUGUUUCUUUUCUCAUUGUGGUUGGAACUCAACAAUGGAGGGAGUGAGCAAUGGUGUGCCGUUUUUGUGCUGGCCUUAUCUAUGGGAUCAAUUCGAUAAUAAGAAAUAUAUUUGUGAAAUGUGGAAAGUUGGGUUAGCACUUGAUUGUGAUGAAGAUGGGAUCAUAUCGAGACAUGAGAUCAAGACAAAGAUUCAUAAUCUGGUAACCAAUGAUGGAAUGAAGAUGAAUGCCAAGAAGCUUAUGGAGGAUGCUAAAAAGAGUGUGAGCCAAGGUGGUGGUUCUUAUGAGAAUUUUAAGAGCUUGGUCAAGUACCUAGGAGCCUAA